GCUAAUCAGCUAGGCUUUUGCUAGCUUUUCAACUCACACAUGAAAAACACCAAUAAAAAAACAAUAGCCUAAAAAUUGGUAUUCAAAAUUAGCUUAGUUUGCACUUAGGUUAACCCCUUUUUUGAUCCAUCCCCGGUUUUCCGGUCAUGAAGAAGCAAACCAAUGCCUUGAGGAAUCUCCGCCAGAAGCAGGGUGGCACCAACGACACCAGCGAAGAUGAUUUGGUCUGCAUUAAGUUUAUAGCCACUCCCCCGAUACGGAAGCGGAACAAGAAUAAUCCACCAACGGGGAUAUUAUAUAGUACGGAUUGGUCCAAGACGGCGCUGGUUAGUAACUUUAAAAAGCGAGGAUGGCAGCAGGUUUCACCCUUUGGCGGCGAAUGGAACUUUUACUGGGCUGGCACACACAAUUGUCGCUAUAUCUUUGGCAUCGAUCAUCCCUAUCGCAUGCGAUCGGAUCAAAUCAUCAAUCACUUCCCCAACUCCGUUGAGCUCUCCCGUAAGGAUCUGCUGAUUAAGAACAUCAAACGAUAUCGCAAGGAUCUGGAGCGUAAGGGGGAUCCCCUGGCACAGACUCUGCCACCGGACACUAAGCUGGGUAUUGGUGGCACAAGGUAUAAAUAUUUGGACAUUAUACCCAUGACCUUUGUCCUGCCCGCCGAUUAUCAGCUUUUUGUGGAGGAAUUCAAUCACAGUCCGGCCAGCACUUGGAUUGUGAAACCGUGCAGCAAAUCCCAGGGCGUGGGCAUCUAUUUGAUUAACAAAUUGUCCAAGUUGAAGAAGUACGCCACCGAUUCUCGGUCCUUCUGUCCGCAGCUGAGCCGUGGCACUUGCGUUGUCGUCUCCAAAUAUAUCCCAAAUCCUUUGCUAAUAUGCGGCAAAAAGUUUGAUCUGCGACUCUAUGUCCUGGUGACCGCAUUCUGUCCACUGAAGGCGUACCUCUAUAACGAAGGCUUCUGUCGCUUUUGCACCGAGAAAUAUGACCAAACCGAAAUUGAUAAUGUCUUUAUGCAUCUCACAAAUGUCAGCAUACAGAAAACUAAUCAAGAGUACAACUCCACACAUGGCGGCAAGUGGCCUCUGCAGAACCUCUGGCUCUAUUUGGACAGCCUUCGUGGCGAGGGCAUCUCCCAAGGUCUGUGGCAACGCAUCUCCGAGACCAUCCGCCUUUCCCUGGAUGCAGUGACUCCGGUUAUGGCCAACGAUAGGCAUUGCUUUGAGGUAUAUGGCUACGAUAUCAUCAUUGAUGAUAACAUGAAACCCUGGCUAAUUGAGGUCAAUACAUCGCCAUCGAUGCACUCGACCACUGCCAAUGAUCGGAUGCUCAAGACGCGGUUAAUAGACAAUGUCCUGGACGUUGUCCUACCGCCCAAUACAUUGCCAGACGAACACUGGAGCAAGACACCGGAUCCGGAGCUCCUUAAGAACUUCACCGUACUGCAGCCCAUUCCAGAGGUCAAGAAGGAACCGGUGGCGGUGGUUAAGCCACCCAAGAAGCGUCUACUCCGCAGGAAGAAACCCGCCGCCAAGAAGACGCAAGAGGAGGCCUCAUCCUCGAGUGUUGUCAAAAAGGCAAAAGUGAAGUAGGUAAUGGACACACUGGAUGUGCUUAUUGUGUGUUUAAAUGGAAAUGUUUAGCUUUUAAUUCGCACAAAUUAUUACUCUAAGGGAUUAUACAAAAUUAUAGUAUAUCUUUAUAUAUA